UCGUGGCCAGAUACCGCUACCAACUCAUUGCUCUUUCAACUGGACUACACCAAACCUAACGACCUACCUGAAUGUGGUUAGCGAAACGACUGGCUCGCCCGGCAACGGGUCGCGACGGCCUUGCCCAGCAUGACUCUGCGGUUGCAGAGGUGUCCGGCCAGACGCCAGUCUCGACGUCCGGCGCUGAGCGUCACAUAAUGAGAAUCAGAGACUUAAAAGACGUAGGCCAUCCUACCGGAUAUCCCAAAGACCAACAGGGAAUCGCGAACUUGCAAGGCAUCCUCUCCGCCACGUCACAACUACGUUCUAAUUUGUCGCAGGCUUGCAAAAAAUAUUGUACCGAAGGCCCUCCCAUUUCUUGUGGGAGCUGAUACAGAAUGUCGAUGACAACAAUUACGUCGCCCAUGACCCCACACUAACCAUCACGUGCAAAAAUCGAGUGCUUCGGUUUGAUUCCAAUGAAACUGGGUUCACAAUGGAAGACGUAGAAGCCAUCUGCAGUAUGGUCAACAGCUCAAAAACACGAAGCUCGAGCACUCGCAUCGGCCGCAAAGGAAUUGGCUUCAAGUCUAUUUUCAAGGUUGCCGAAUCAGUGUACAUCGCAUCUGGCUGUUACUCCUUCAAGUUCGAUUCUGGGGAGAGACUCGGCAUGAUGAUACUGGUGUGGUCAACGUUCCCGGAAGAGCGCAUCGCUGGGUGGACAUCGCUCCUCCUCCACCUUUCUCCCGAAUGCGAUGCCAGUGAGAUUCUUCAAGAACUCGAGAGAUUAGAUUCGAGCAGCAUACUCUUUCUUCGGAGACUAAGAAGAGUGCAUAUCCGUAUUGUCUACGAUGGCCUCCAUGACAAAGAAGUUACUUUCGAUCUUACACGGCCGAUCAUCACGUGCAAACCUGGCGAAUUACAGACCCUUGAACUCCUAGACAGGGAGCAGUCUCCUCUUAUGCUUUACAGGCAUGGUGUAUCUGGAUUGCCAUCGACCGAUUCACACGGGACCAACGAACAGUCAGACAUAGUCUUAGUCUUUCCGCAGCCUCGAUCCCUGAGCUCAAAUAUUACGUGCUUCACAUUCGCUUUUCUUCCUAUCCGAGACUAUGGGUUCAGGUUCGUUUGCCAUGCCGACUUUGAUCUCGUUGCCAACCGUGAAGAUGUCGACAUGUCUUCGGCCCGCAAUCAAGUCUUCUUGCAUGAGCUUCCCAAAGCUUUCCUCAGGGCGGUUCACGCCCUGAAUAGUGGACAUCUUCGCUAUACCUGGCCGUAUUAUCUGCCCUUCCCAACAACAGACAGCUUUUUUGAGCCUCUUCCAGGAGAUAUCAUUACCCUAUUGUCUCGAACACCAGUGUUAGAGUCAGAUGCCGGGCACCUCAUGGCCCCAGAAAAGCUCACCUGGGUUUCCGACCCUUACACUGACGACCACAACAGGUCAUUGAUUCCACAAGACUACUCUACGUUUCUCCAUUUAUCCAACAAGUACCAUGCAGAUCUGCAAGAGCGGAUCAUGCAGCUUGGUGUUAAUGUUCUGUCAAGAACGCAGUUUAUCGAGAAACUAAAUUAG